AUGGGAAAUAUAGGCAGCACGUGCAUGCGUGAUUGGGCCCGCACGGAUGAUGCGGAACAGCCAUUGGUCAAGUUGGUGCCGCUUCUCUGUCCAGGGACCGCCAAUGCUACUUCACAGGUAUCCAUCGAGCGGGUUGGAGCGAAUGGGCAGGACUCAGCGGAGCCAGCAGAUUCAAACAUAGAGCUUCCAGUCAAUGGUAACCAGCAGAUUUUUUUUCAGCAAGGCCACAACUCGUCUAGCUCCAGAUCCAGCUGGUCUGGCAAGGAUCCCACUAGCGUUCCUCCGGUGCCAAACUGGUUUCAGGUGUAUGACAAGAGCAAGGGAGCUUUGCCCAAGGAGUCGCCCCGUUUCGAUGAGGUUUCCACUAUGGCUACACCUCGGGAGCAGGUCGGUGGUGAAUUUCGAACUCCAGGACCCACACCCCGAAAGGAGUUCAAAGCUCCAGGCCUGGAUGAGGGCAGACGCGACGGGGACAUGCACUACGAAGGGACUUACCUUGGAACCAUGAAGCAUGGUCGAGGGCGCUUGAGAAUGCCCAACUACGUGUACGAGGGCGAGUUUCAAAACGAUCUGAAGCACGGGAUUGGCAUCCUUCUGUGGGAUGAUGGAAGACGCUACGAGGGGGGGUUCCAGCAAGGACAGUUCCAUGGUGCGGCCGUCAUGCACUGGCCCGAUGGACGACGGUACAUCGGACAGUACUCCGAGGACAGAAAACAUGGGGAGGGCACCUUCUCAUGGCAGGAUGGACGAAGAUACGAAGGACAGUGGGUAGCUGGCAAACGACAUGGCAUCGGGACGUACACCAACGCCAAGGGUUUCACACGCCGUGGCACCUGGCAGCUCGAUCGACCCAUAAAGUGGGAGGAGCCGACGGAGCCGGCCACGACGCCCAGCAAACUUCAGGCGCAAGUCCCAUCACGCCAGCCAGAGCCACGGCCUCAGAUGGCUGUUGCUUCCCCUUGUGAGGACACGGCCCAAACUGUAGGGAGCCGAGAACUUUACUUCAGGACACUAUCAGCAGAAGAGGAGGCCGUGUCUCCUUCAUACCUGGGGAGAGACAAGCCUUCUUUCCUGGGUCAGAUCGAGGGGACAUACGCAGCUUCUGAUUUUGAGAAGCAGCGUCAUCCGCGCGAUGGUUCCUUGACGCAGGUCCUCGAAGUCAGCACACUCUGA